AAAAUGCGCAGAUGCGCGAAUGUGCAGAUGUAAUGGAAGUGGCGCGAGCAUUUUAGAUCCCCGGUCUUUUGCGGACGUUAUCAGUUCUGGCUGCUGCAUUCACGGAGCUUCAUCAACUGCCUUGGGCACACCGAAAGGAGAGCGGGUUGCCGUUGUUUUAGGUAGUUUUAGCGUCUGCACAAGAAGAGAUCGCGAGUGCGUAGUUUACGGUUUCUCAAUCCAAACCACUGUGAUACAGCGAUCAUAACAUCGCACACACGCCGUGCAGAAGCAGCACCAGGAAUCGCCGGCCGCCUUCCCACGAGUUCAGGCACAAAGAUUGUCCAGUCGUGGAACCAUGGCACCUGGCACCAGUACUCCCUUGGGAGUGUUGGCACUGACAGCAACGUUCAUGGCUGGCACCGUCGGGGUGACCUACUGGUGGCUUAGGAAGAGGUUCCUCAAGGUUGCCAGAGUCAAGAGCAUCGUGAUUUACCCGAUCAAAUCUAUUGUGGGUCUCGAGAUCCCGUAUGCAUACUGCACCAUUGAAGGUCUUGUCUACGGUUCCAUCAAGGACAGGUCCAUGAUGCUGGCAGCGGGAGAGUGCCUCGUGUCCUUGCGAGACGAGCCAACCCUUGCCCUGAUCCGUCUGUCGCACGAGGAGGGCAAGCUGACAUUGACCGCAGACGCCAUGGACCCUCUGAUCGUGGAUGCCGCAGAUCCCGAUGCGCAUUCCAAGACAUCCUUCCCUGUAAAGCUGUGGGGCAACGACUAUAGGGCGGUCGAAGUGUCACCGCAGGCUUCAGCAUGGUUCAAUCGGUACCUGAAAAGAGAGGACGUCCGUCUCGUACGGAUCCUGCAAAACGACCAGAACAUUGCCCGUGGCAAGAACGGCACCAUCCCGGUGGCUUUCCACGACACCUCAACCAUCCACAUGCUCUCAGUGGCGUCCCUGAAAGACUUCAAUUCGAAGCUGCCGGAGGGCAAUGUUGAGAUCACCGAGCGCACCUUUCGCCCCAGUUUUCUCAUCGAGGGCUGCGACGCUUAUGCUGAGGACCAUUGGAUUCGUGCCAGACUGGGAGAUGCGGAAAUAGCAUUUAUCGAGCGUUGCAGCAGGUGCGUUCUCACUACAGUUGACCCGAACACCGGAACCAAGGCAAUGGAACCACUGAAAACACUCCGGACAUACCGGGUUGACAGGUCGAAGUUUGGGAGGAAAAAGUACAAGAUGCAACCGUUGUUUGGGGUGUGCCAGUAUCUCGUGAGGGACGGUACCGUCAGUGUGGGAGACGACAUAUACGCCGUUGCGUCCACGAGACCGCUUCUCUGAAACCUCGGAAUUGUCCAUCAAACCACCGUUACUCUUUGUGCAACAUAGUUUUUAAGAAACAAAUCUUGUUGAUAAGGAUCACACUCUAAAAUGAAUUUUAUACAUCUUUAUGAUGUGUUUCACUGCUACUGGUUGUCCCGUUUAUAAUAAUCCAAGUGCCAUAUUUUUUUUAGUCGGAGUGUCCAUUACCCUAAUCCAUCUGUCAACUAAUUUACCCCAAUUCGCGAUCAACUUGAUCUAUGUGCCAACAAGCUUAUUCCAGGUCGUCAUAAAUUUAAUCUUGAUGCCAUUAAUUUUAAUCGAAGAGUUGCUCAAUUUAGUCAGUUCAUAUUGUGUGGAUGUACAACGACUUCGGCUAAUAUGUUUUAACUGUUUGAGAGCUCUAGGUGCCUCUAAGUCAUGAAGUUUUUUUCUGUAGCACACAGUUCAUAUAUAGCUCUUUCCAUUAUUUUUAUAAUGUUUUAGAAAAUACAAUAAAGUGCACAAGAAUAAAAAUUAUGCUGUUUGGCCAGUUUUUAGAUGGUAUAACUUUCA